AUGGCCGAGGAUUUGGUUCACGGCGUCCUCGCCGCCUCCUCGGCGACCAUCUUGCUGACGACGCUGCUGGUCGCGGCCCGCCUGUGGAUUCGCACGAAGAUGGGGAACCUGGGGAAAGACGAUGUCACGGUCACGCUUGCCUAUGUCUUGCUGCUGACCAUGGCGGGCCUCAUGAUAACCGACGGAGGGCUUGGCCGCCUUCGCGAACGUGUCAACGAUCGGGACUACGAGGCUACGCUGCGAUACACCGCCGGCAUCUCGUCUACAUUCAGCUGGGGCGUCGCGGCGGCCAAGAUCACGUUCGCCAUCCUUUACAUCCGCGUCUUGCCGCAGCGUUUUCUUCUGCUGCUCAACAAAUUUCUCAUUGCCUUUCUCAUCGCCCAGGCGAUUGAAGAGUCGCUGAUUGCCAUCUUGCAUUGUCGACCUGUUGAGGCUGCCUUCAAGAUUGGCGUCCACGGCGAGUGUCUGAACAUGAACGUGCUGUGGUGGAGUACAUUUGUAUUCAACAUGUGCACCGAUCUCAUCCUCUUCGUCCAACCGAUCCCCACGGUAUGGAGGCUGCAAAUGGCCAGGACGAAGCGACUCGGACUUGUCGUGAUGUUGUCGCUGGGACUGCUUGUCUGCAUCAUAUCCAUCAUCCGUAUCAUAUACGCCAGUCGCAUCCAAGAGGAUCUUACAUACCGCAUAGCCGAAGCCAUGAUCUGGUCCGUCGUGGAGCUCGCGGCGCUCAUCACGUGCUCAUGCAUCCCCUGCCUCCGCCAGAUCAUCCAGCAGAUCCCCUAUCUCAACCAUGCCCUCGGUUUGUCAAGCAACAAGACACCUCACGGGAUCUACGAGCACUCGGGCCAGCCUCCUCAUGGGUCCGCCCCUUUCCGCACCCACAAGCUCGACUACCUGCCCUCGCGAUCCAAGGCGUAUGCCCACGGCACGAGUGGCCACUUUGGCACAAUGAGUCACGCCGCGGCGGGUGCCACCGGCACCCCGAACGAUAGCCAGGAGGAGAUAUUCCCACACAAGAAGGACGGCAAUGGACGGAUCGUGGUGACCAAGGAGGUCACACACAAUGUGGAGUACAACCGCACGCAGACCGAGUCCUCGCCCUCCGGAUCACUCAGAGACGAGGAUACGCCGUACCCAGUGCGGGCGAGCAAGGACUGA